CCUACCGAGGAGGAGGCACAGAAACGGGCAGAGCCAUUGACUUCCUCUUGAAGAAUUACUUCACAGAGCAGGCCGGGAGCAGAGCCAACCAACGAGUGCCUCAGAUCGCUGUGAUCAUCACAGAUGGGGGCUCGGAGGACGAUGUGGUGGCACCAGCUCAGCGCCUGAGGCAGCAGGGAGUCAUGGUGUUUGGCAUUGGAGUGGGAGAUGCCAACCUGAAGGAGCUGGCAUCCAUCACCAACCAGCCUACAAAACACUUCAUGUUCACCACUGACAACUACCAGGCUCUGCUGGGGCUGACAGAGGGUCUGCUGCAAACUGUUUGCAUGUCCAUCAAGACUCAGAGGCAAGCCUUGGCAAAAAGGUUUGCAGACAUUUUCUUCCUGGUAGACAGUGGUGUGAGUGCAUCAGACUUCGGGCAGGUCAGGAAAGUCCUCGAGGGACUGGUCAACCAACUUAACAUCGAAACAUCUGCCUACCGUCUUGGUUUGGCCCAGUAUGGUCAAGACAUUAAAGUGGAAUUUCUUCUUAAUGCUUACAAAACCAAAGAGGAGGUCCAGAAUGCUGUUAAGAGUUUCCAUCAGCGCCAACUGCAACCCAAUGAGCCACGAAACCUGGGCAAUGCCUUGGAGUACGCCAGCGCCAACUUUUUCACCAGUGAGGCAGGAAGCCGAGCAGACCAGGGCUACCAGCAGUACCUGGUUGUCCUAAGUGGCAAAGACUCAGAUGAUCCUGUGUAUAAAUCAUCACGUCUGAUCAAAUCAGAAGGAAUAACUGUGGUAGGGGUGAGCCUUGGUGCAUCACUGAAGGAAAUGCGUCUAGUAGCAACUCCACCGUAUGUGUACCCCUCUGUCACCAACAUCGUACCUCCACUGAAGGCCAUCAUCGAAAAAGAGGAAGAGCAGAUCAUUCUGACUGGAGAGUGCAGAGCAGCCAAAAUGGCAGACGUUGUGUUCAUUGUUGAUGGGUCUGACAGCAUUGGAGCCACCAAUUUCCAGCUGGUGCGCACUUUCCUGCACUCGAUUGUGGGUGGCCUGGAAGUCAGCCCAAACAGAGUCAGAGUGGGCAUCGUAUUGUACAAUGAAAAGCCCACAGCACAGGUCUUCCUCGACACCUUCGAUGACAAGAAUGAGUUGCUGAACUUCAUUAAAAUCCUGCCCUACCGUGGAGGGGGUCAGAACACUGGAGCUGCCCUAAGCUUCACCCGGAAUAAGGUUUUCAUCAAGGGAAGAGGAAGCAGGAAAAAUAAAGGCAUCCAGCAAGUGGCAAUGGUGAUAACGGACAGUGAAUCCGAAGACGCAGUGGGUAAAGCAGCAGCUAAUCUCCGUCGAGCUGGAGUCACCGUUUAUGCUGUAGGAGUCAGAGAUGCCAACCAGACCCAGCUGGAACAAAUAGCAUCUUAUCCCCCCAAUAAGCAUGUGUACAAUGUGGAAAGCUUUGUCAAGCUGAAAGCCCUGGAUGACAUCCUGCAGAAAUCCCUCUGCCAUAACAUACUUCAUUCUGCAAUUGCAGUCAGCACAAGAAGAAGUGACAUCAAAGAAGGCUGUGAGCAAACAGAUGAAGCAGACAUCUUCUUCCUGAUUGAUUCAGGAAGUAUUUACCCCAAUGACUUCCACGACAUGAAGAAGUUCAUGAUUGAGUUUCUUCACACGUUCCGUAUCGGGCCCCAGCAUGUCCGUUUGGGGGUUGCAAAAUACGCGGACUCACCAGACUUGGAAUUUGAUCUGACAACCUAUUCAGAUGCCUCAGCACUGGAGAAUGCUGUGGAGAACAUCAAACAACUAGGAGGUGGGAUGGAGACAGGAAGAGCGCUGGAAUUCAUGGGCCCGCUCUUUGACAAUGCAAAGGCCUCUCGUGGCCACAAAGUCCCGAAGUACCUGAUAGUCAUCACUGAUGGGAAAUCCUCCGAUGAGGUCAAGGAUCCUGCAGCAAAAGUGAGGGCGCAGGGUGUCACCAUCUAUGCCAUCGGGGUGAAAGAUGCUGAUGAAGGUGAGCUGCAAGAGAUUGCUGGUGACCCAAAGAGGACUUUCUUUGUCAAUAACUUUGAUGCCCUGAGGCCCAUCAAGGACGACAUCAUCACAGACAUCUGCUCGACAGAUGCUUGCAAAGACAUCCCAGGAGACCUCAUUUUCUUGAUUGACAGCUCUGGGAGUAUCUAUCCAGAAGACUAUAAGAAAAUGAAAGCCUUUAUGAAAUCUGUCAUCAGCAAGUCUAUCAUCGGCAAGAAUGAGUUGCACGUUGGUGUCAUGCAGUUCACCACCAUCCAACAGAUAGAGUUCCCCCUCAACCACUACCACAGCAAGGAGGAAAUGUCAAAUGCCAUCAAUGCUAUGCAGCAGAUUGGUGGAGGCACGCUCACGGGCGAAGCCAUCACACAGGUGUCAAAGUAUUUUGAUGUCGCCAGUGGAGGGCGUCCUGACCUGAGGCAGAGGCUGAUAGUGAUCACAGACGGGGAGGCCCAAGAUGAGGUCAGGGGCCCUGCUCAGGUUCUGAGGGACAAGGGAGUGGUGGUCUAUGCCAUUGGAAUGGUGGAUGCCAACACCACCCAGCUGCUGGAGAUCACUGGGUCACCAGACAGGAUGUAUCUUGAGAGGGACUUUGAUGCUCUGAAGGACUUGGAGAGCCAGGUGGCCUUGGAGCUCUGUGAUCCUGACAGAGAGUGUAAGAAGACAGAAAAAGCUGACAUUAUAUUCCUGGUGGACGGCUCCAUAAGCAUAACCCUUCCCAAGUUCAGAAGCAUGCAGAGGUUUAUGUCGGCGAUAGUGAACCAAACCACAGUUGGCGAGGACCUGACUCACUUUGGGGUCAUUCUGUACUCCACCAACCCCAACUCUGUUUUUACUCUGAAAAAACAUUACUCUAAACCAGAGGUUCUUAAAGCAAUAGAAGCCCUGAAGUCCCCAUAUGGAGACACCUAUACUGGCAGGGCUUUGACAUACUCUAUACAGUACUUUGACUUGAAAUACGGUGGCCGGGCACAGGACCAGGUGCCUCAGAUUCUCAUGGUGAUCACAGGUGGCGAUGCCACCGACAGUUACAGUCUGGCUGCACCAUCCAAGGCUUUACGAGACAAAGGGAUCACCGUCUUCAGUAUCGGAGUGGAAGGAGCCAACAAGACUCAGCUGCAGAUCAUGGCCAGUGGCGACACAUCCAGAGUUUUUUAUGUGGAUAACUUCAAUGCCUUGGAAACUCUGUACAAGAAUAUUACUCAUGUCCUCUGCACUUCCACCAAACCAGCUUGUGAAAAACAGCAGGCUGACCUGGUCUUUCUGAUCGAUCAGUCUAGCAGCAUCCAACCAAGCGACUAUGACAUCAUGAAGAACUUCACAACAGAAUUAGUGAGAAGCUUCGAAGUCAGUGAAGAUUUGGUGCGGGUCGGACUUGCCCAGUUCAGUAGCACUUUUCAGGACCAGUUUUAUCUGAACCAGUUCUACACAGAGGACAAAGUGACCAAGCACAUCUUGGCCAUGAACCAGCUCGGUGGAGGAACUAACAUUGGACUGGCCCUGGAUUCCAUCAGGAAAUAUUUUGAGGCAUACCGGGGUAGUCGCAGGUCCACUGGGAUUUCCCAGAAUCUGGUGCUGAUCACAGACGGUGAGUCUCAGGAUGACGUGGAGGACCCAGCUGACCAUCUCAGGGCUCUGGGGAUUGAGGUGUUUGCCAUCGGCAUUGGAGACGUCCACGAUCUGGAGCUCCUGCAGAUCACUGGCACCCCUGAGAGGCUCUUCACCGUGCAGAAUUUUGGCAACUUGGAAAAUAUAAAGCAAAAGGUGGUUGACACCAUCUGCGAAUCCAAACGCCCCAGACAACCCGGCGAUUGCACCAUUGAUAUCGCCAUGGGAUUCGACAUUUCUCAAAGAACUGGCGCUCCUGGUGAGGUGCUGGUCAGUGGACACCCCAAGCUCCAGUCCUUCCUGCCAGAAAUUGCCCAUUAUAUUUCCUCAGUACAAGGCCUGUGCUGCGUCGACCCCCCACCGGUGAAGACCAGCAUUGCCUACCUAGUGGUGGGCAGCGGUGGACACAUCCUGGAUGACUUCAACUUUGAGGUCUACAGUGAGGAAGUAUUGAAGAAGGUCAUGACCCUGAAAUUGGAGGAGCCCACAUAUUUCAACAGUUCCAUGCUAAAGUCCUUCGAACAGAAGUUCAGCACCCAGUCCAAUGCUGGUGUGAAGGUGCUGGUGAUCUUCUCAGAUGGAAUCGACGAUGAUGUGAUGGAACUGAAGCGGGAGUCUGAGCUGCUGCAACAGUCUGGGGUCAGCGCUCUGCUGACUGUGGCUCUGGAGGGGGCGCGCGACCCCUCUCAGCUGCAGAUGGUGGAGUUCGGUCGAGGGUUUGGCUACAAGCUUCCUCUGAGCAUCGGCAUGCCGGGCAUCGGCAGCACCAUCCUCAAACAGAUUGACUCAGUGUCGGACAGGGAGUGCUGCCAAGUCAUGUGCAGAUGUUCGGGACAUGAAGGAAACCGUGGCUUUCAGGGCCCUUCGGGGUCAAAGGGUCUGCCUGGACAGAAAGGUUACCCUGGCUUCCCAGGAGAGGAGGGAGUCGCUGGCCAGCGGGGCCAUCCCGGACCGAAUGGACUUCAGGGUGUCCAGGGCUGCGCUGGGCUCAGAGGACACAGGGGCGCCCGAGGCCUCCGGGGGAACAGGGGUGGAAAUGGAGAAGACGGGCUGGAUGGAGUCAAUGGAGAACAGGGAGUGACGGGAGAAGGUGGACGUCGAGGAGAGAGAGGAAGCCCAGGAAACCCAGGUAUCCCAGGGAUCAGAGGGGAGGCAGGUCCAAAAGGACACCAAGGACUGAGGGGAGAUCCGGGCGAUCCAGGUGCUGACAACACCAUCCCAGGACUCAAAGGAGAGCCCGGCCACCCAGGCUUACUGGGUGCACCCGGAGAGGACGGGCGGCCAGGUGAGAGUGGAGUCAUCGGAAACCCGGGUCCAGAUGGAAGAAGAGGGCCACUUGGCAGGGAGGGUGCACCUGGAGCGCUGGGAGAUCCAGGACUAACAGGCAGCCCUGGUGCUUCCGGUCCACAGGGUCCCAGAGGGGUCAGAGGUCAACCUGGACCAAGAGGACUCCCUGGGCCUCCUGGACCUCAGGGGACACCUGGUGCACCUGGAAACCCUGGAUCAACCGGACGCCCUGGAAAUAAUGGACAGAAGGGCCAACCAGGAGAUUCAGGUGGAAAAGGUGCCCCAGGAUCACGGGGACCCAGAGGACUGCCGGGUCAGGAUGGUCGAGAUGGUUAUGGACCUGCAGGACCCAAAGGUGGAAAGGGACCCCCAGGUUUCCCAGGGAACCCUGGUCUACCGGGAGAGAACGGACUGCAGGGACGCCAAGGAAAUCCAGGACGGCAAGGGAACCGAGGUCAAGGGGGAAACACAGGCAGGCCAGGGGAGGACCAGGGUCCCAGAGGUCCUCCCGGAGGCCAAGGCAUGCCUGAGUGUCAGCUGAUCACCUACAUCAGAGACAACUGUGUUGCUUUCUUCCUGUUGCUUUCAUGAGAUUCCAUCAGUGAGAGCAACUGUCCAACAGGCGCACGCGUCGCGGUGGUGGGAUACAGCGCCUACACCAAGUACCUGAUCCGCUUCCAGGACUACCAUCGCAAGAAACAGCUGAUUGAGGCAGUGAAGAGCAUCGCCCUGGAGAGGACGGCCAACCGGCGCCAGCUGGGGGCCGCCAUGCGCUUUGUGGGUCAGCACGUCUUCAAACAUGUGCGAGCAGGAGUCAUGAUGAGGAAGGUAGCAGUCUUCCUCUCUAAUGGGCCCUCACAGGAUGCAGAAGACAUCAUUACUGCUGUUAUGGAGUACCGGGGCCUGGACAUCGUCCCAGCAGUCAUUUCUCUGCGGAACGCUCCAGCUGUUAGACAGGCCAUGGAGGUCGAUGACUCGGGGGGCUCCAUCUUCACGGUGCUGGGGAGGGACAUGGCCGCAGACCUGAGGAAGGUCAAGAACUGUGCCAUCUGUUAUGACCCAUGCAAACGCUCGGAGGAGUGUGCCGUCAUCCAGAAACCAGAACCACCUCAGCAGGUUGAUGUGGACCUGGUCAUGGUGGCGGACAGCUCCAGAGAGAUGCAGGCUGAUGAGUUUACUGGUGUCCAGCAGCUGCUGGGCUCUGUGGUGGAUCAGCUGGCUGUGAGCCAGAGUCCGCGCCAGACCAACAACCAGGCCCGCGUGGCUGUAGUCCAGCAGAGCGGCACCCAGACUCCCAAGGUGGAGUUUGGCCUGCAGACCUACCAGGACCGCGACCUGAUGAGGAGCCAGAUCCAGAAGAUGCAGCAGCAGGGCGGGUCCUCUGCGGUGGCGCUGUUUGUGGUGGUGGUUGGAGAUCGCUACAGCCGCACGCAGGUGGAGGAGCUGGCCAGUCUGCCUGUGCAGCAGCACCUGAUCUACGUGGGCAGACUGAAGGCAGAUGAACAGGGCUAUGCCCAACGCUUCUUCCGGUGUUUCCUCUCCGCCCUCAACAAGGGAAUCAACACGUAUCCUCCUCCAUCAUAUAAACAAAGCUGCGAGCAGCUGGCCAGUCAACAGGAAGGACAAACCUUCAUCAAUGAUCAGGGGCAGGCCGGGGUGGAGGAGCUGGAGGAGCUGAAGGGGGUGGAGGUGAGCUUUCAGGAGCAGACAGGAGGACAGUCUCAGGCUGACCUGGUGGACAUCAAAACAGGAGACACUCUGAACGCCUGGUGUCAGCUGGAUGCCGAUCCUGGUUUCCAGUGUGCUCACUAUGUCCAAGUAUGGUUCUUUGACAAACACAUCGCUGCAUGCUCUCCCUUCUGGUAUGGCGGCUGCGGCGGUAACGCCAAUCGCUUUAACACGGAAAGUGAAUGUUUCUGGACAUGUGGCAGCCAUAGUGUGAACACCGUGCCUGCGCCACAGCUGACCUCUGCCUCCAAAGAGUCAUGCUUCCUGAGCCAGGACCCCGGCAGCUGCUGGGACUACACCGUGAUGUGGUUCUUUGACACCGAGCAGAAUGAAUGCUUCCGCUUCUGGUACGGUGGCUGUGGCGGCAAUGAGAACCGCUUCCGUACGCAGGAGGAGUGUGAGAACCUGUGUCUGACCAAGAGCCGAUGAGGACGUCAUCACCGGCCGGAUUGGAGAAAAAUACAGUGUACCAGAUAUCUGACAGGACAACACACGCAUCUUCAAAAAAAAAAAAAAAAAAAA